AUGCAGCCGCAUACAAUUAUUAAUCAAACAUUACAUUCAUAUUGUAAAGAACAAUUUGAAUUUAAUAUGCAACCAAUGUUUAUUAAUCUAACACAAUGGCCAUCGGGAUUUAUUUAUGCACGCAAUCCACAACAGAAAUUCGAUGUUGAUUAUGAUACAACAGCAUUCUCUAUACAAGAGUGUACAACAGAAUUACAAGCAUCACAUGGUAGUCGUAUUCGAAUUGUUUUUUAUCCGAUUUCAUAUAUAAGAAAUGAUUAUGAUCAAGAUUAUUUUAUAUCUAUUCCAAAAACACCAUGUUUAAAAAUUCGAGAUAAUUAUGAAACAACAACAUUUGAUUGUCCUAUGAUGAUAAUAGAUAAAAGUAAAUCAACAUCAUUAAGUCGUCAAUCUGAUGAUUAUUUAUCUAAUAGUAAUAUAAUUUAUCUUGAAGUGAUACAACCAUCGAGAUUUAUCACUGAUUAUGAUGAUAGCUAUCAUCAAUUUAAACUAUUUUUUACAACAUUUACCCCGAAAUUACAAGUCAAUCCUAAUAAUGACUUAUCUAUAUGUCCAGGCGAACAUCUCUUUGAUUGUGAUGAUUCAUAUUGUGUACAUGCUAAUGCACGUUGUAAUGGUAUCAAUGAAUGUCGUUCGAAAGUUGAUGAAGAAUUCUCAUAA